GGGCCCGGGGUUGCCAUGGCGGCGGCCGCUUCCGCUGCCGCCGCAGCGCCCGGCUCUGAGCGAGGCCCCGCGGGCCGGAGCAUGGCCGGGGCGCGCGCGGAGGCGCCUGUCGGGAGACCGCGGCGGACGGUGCUGGCGGAGAGGAACCAGCGCGUGGCGCCGGUGGGCGCCUGGGUGGAGCGAGCCGGCGCCGAGGUCGAGCAGCCGCAGGGCCUGGCCUUCGUUUCAGCAUUUCAGGUUGAAGAGGAGCUAAAGGAGCAACAAAAGGAGAAAGAGGAGAGUCUGAGACGCUUUCAGGAGGAGGUGAAGCAGAGGGUGAAUCAGCAGGCCAGGAGGAGGAGAAAGCAUCAGCUUCAGAAAUCCUAUGAAGCGGCAGAAAAGGAGAGUUGUGUUCUGAUGCAAUGCUCAGAUUCUGCACUGCACUUAACUCCUAAGAAGAAUACGUGUGUGUAUCGGAGUAAUGCAAAAUCUGCCAUCUGCAGUUUGGGCACUAAUCUGGUUCCUCGGCAGCAACUUGGUGAUAAUCUAGAAGAACAGGGAGAAAACCAAAGCAAAUUAUUUCAGCAGCAAGUGACUGUGCUUGGCAAAACUAUGAAGCAGGUCCGUCGCAGGCUGGCAUCCUGCAAAACUGUGCCUGAAGGAGCGGCUCCUUUUGAACUUUCAGCAGGCAUAUGGAGAAUUGGUCUAACGAGAGAGAAAUUAGAAUCUCGAAGUAUAAAGCCAUUACACAGAGAAGAGGUGGAUAACGAAGAGUUCCCUCUGGCAGGGCAUCAUGACCUUCCUGCUGAACUACGAGACGAGAUGGCAACCAAAACCCAGACAAAACAGGGAGAUGAGUUAUACUUCAAAUCAGAAUCUGGAAAAGUUUAUAAUAGUUUAAUGAAGGAGUCGUGCCUUCCUGGCCCUUCUUUAGCAUUCAGGACUGAUUACCAUGCUCCCCUUGUACUUUGGCCUGGGAUAGACGGAGAAGAAACCAAGAAACAGCGUCAAAACCAGUACCUGAGGUAUAGACGUCUCUUUAUGGAUAUUGAGAGAGAACAAGUAAAGGAACAGCAAAGACUAAAAGAACAACAAAAGAAAAUAGCAAAAAUUAAAAGAGAGAAGGAGCACCAGCGUCAUGUGGAGGAGAAGAGGAUUCAGGAGAUGGCCUUCUGGCAAGAUUCCUGCCCUAGUGAAAGAGCAUGUGAAAUACUGGCCCAGCUCAAGCUGGAGGAGCAAAGCGUGAAGAACAAGAAAAAGCAUCAGCAAAAUAAAGAAUACGUAAGAUACAUUGAAGCUUUAAGAGCCCAGAUGAGGGAGAAGAUGAAACUGUAUAACAUUGAUUUGCCUCCAUUGUGUUGUUGUGGGUCAGAUUUCUGGGACUGUCAUCCUGACACUUGUGCCAACAACUGUAUGUUUUACAAAAACCACAAAGCUUAUAGUCAAGCUCUGCAGUCUGUCAUCUCCUCAUGUGACACUUUGGAUGGGAACUCAACCACAAGACUUGCAAUCAACAGCUUUGCUGCUUUGCAUGCACGUUCUUUGAAGAGUGCAUGAAAGGGUGUACUGGAAUCAGGUUUUUCUAAAUGUCUAGUCACAAACUCUUUUUUAAGCAGAUGGGUGGUCUGUGCACCAUAUCCUAGAUGCUAGGAACACAGUUGUCCCAAAGUGUUUACUCUUCUCUUUGUUUACUAGCCCUUAUCUAAAUGUAUUUUAAGUCUGUUUCUACUAAAUUCAAAUUCAAAUAAACUUGUAUCUGUGUUUUUCUUUGGUGAUCCAUAUAGAGUGAGCCAUCCAAAAACCCAGAAUUAGCUUUACUUACCAGUAAUACAGAAAUUAGACAUAAGGUGAAUAUGAAGGUAGAAAUGGAUCAGUAGCAUGUUCUUUUCCUGCUACCCCCUCCACCUGUUCCCCCACAAGCACUAAAUAGAACUAUUUCUGUUUGCCUGACUUCUGAAUAAACCAUUCCAAGUUCUAA